GAAGCGUGAAAGACGUCGAGAAAUUCAUCGAUUUGUGGAAAUUCUCGAAAUGUGACAAUUCAAUAAACGUUCAUACGGGUUAACACAGUUUUGUUGCACUGCAGUGGUAUAGUCGUCCAGUAAAGAUUAUCGAAUGUACACUUAAAAUAGCAUAUACGCAAGGGUGUGUCUGUUGUUGGUUUCCAACAGAAAUGUCUUCAAAAUCAUCCCGAAAUCGGAGGCACGACAGCGACAGCGAUGACGAGGGGAGAAAACAUCAUCAUCACCGGCAUCACCACCAUGACCACGGGCACCGUGACCGCCACGGUUCGCGGUCUCGGAGUCGGAGUCCCAGGUAUCGAACAGAAAAGAAAGAAAAGCAUGGUCGGGGUCAUGAUAAACAUAACCAUUCCAGAGAUAAGGACCUCAAACCACGGAAGCACAAAGAUACCUAUCAUGAGGAUAACAGAAAGCCUGACAGACAUCAAAAAGACAGACUUGAGAAGGAGACUACAGAAAAGAAGAGAGAUCAUGAGAGGGCUGUGGAACGACGAACUGAGGGUAAAAAUGGGGAGAAACAUCAAAUGAGUACUCUGAGGGGUAAGUGGGACGAUGACCCUGGUGUGGAAAUCAACAGCCCUGGGGAAAGGACUGGGAGUAGGGAAAACAAUAAGAGCCAGCAGGCAGCGGGACAAAUGAGAAUAAAACAAGAGCGUGAGUGGAAUGACAAUCGCAGGACUCAAGAUGCCAAACGAAAACCUCCCAAUCCAUUCGAGACUGGCUCAGAUGGGGCUGGCCCCUCAGAAGAAGGAGGCCCCCCACCCGAGAAAGAAAAACCAAACUUUGCCACAUCCGGCAAACUCACUGAGGACACAAACACUUACCGCGGCAUCGUCAUCAAGUACAAUGAACCACCAGAGGCCAGAAAGCCCAAACGAAAGUGGAGGCUGUACGUCUUCAAGGGAGACCAGGAGCUUCCUCUUCUGCACAUACACAGACAGAGUGCCUACCUGCUAGGGAGGGAGCGACUGAUCGCUGACGUGCCCAUUGAUCACCCGUCCUGCUCCAAGCAGCAUGCGGUGCUCCAAUACCGCCUCGUCCAAUACGAACGUCCAGACGGCACCAUGGGCAAACGAGUCCGGCCUUACAUCAUUGACCUCGAGUCAUCCAAUGGAACGUACAUCAACAACAACAGGAUUGAGCCAAAGCGAUACUAUGAACUCCACGAAAAGGACGUUAUCAAGUUUGGGUACAGCACAAGAGAGUAUGUACUGCUCCACGACAAGUCCAAAGAUGAUGACCCCGAUGGUGAUGUAGAGGAGGACUAGAUGGACUCUCAAACUUCAAAAUGUGAUUCUGAGGCUGGGCUCUAACUUUUAAAUGCUCCAAAAUGGGAAGAAGCAGGUUAAAGAUAUUAACCAUAGCGUACCAUUCUGUAAUUCAACAAGAAGUACAUUAACCAUGGGUCUGAAGUUAAGACAGGCCACAGGGGUCAUGGUCUCCAUUAGCCUAGUAUGUGCCUCAAUGCACCCCUGAUAUCCCUCCCAUAAACAGUUGAAUUUACUCUUUCCGGAUGAAAAAAAAUCCAGCAUACCCGUCAAGAAAAAUUUCCAAUGAGCAAAGCUGACAUCCAAACUCACAAGUGUACAUUUAUCCACAUCACUUUGAAUGGCUUAGUGUAAUACCCAGAUGAAAACCACGACAAAUUUCUGUUCUAACUUGAUGUUGAUUUACUGUGAUGUGGGGGAAAGGAAUAAUGGAUUUUGUAAAUGAGAAAGAUCAGUCUUGAAAAAAAGUAACAGUACUUGAAAAGUGAAUAUGUUUUGCAUUCAGCAGAUUUUGCCUAAUUCCAUAAAAUAGAAGUGUUUAUUUUUAAGGUGCACAACCUGAUGUGAAGACCUUGGUUGUGGAGAUACAAUGAUUGUGAUCUGUUUGCUAUCACAGCAUUGCCGGUGACCAAGCUUUUUCAUACUUGUGUUUUCAACUGAAUUCAGUCUAUAAUUUAAUUUAUGCCAAGGCACAAAUGGAUAUGUGGACAAGCGAAUGUCUGUUGCCAGGCACAAAUUGAACGCUGCUUUUAAAUCAAGCAUGGAGAUAAACUCAAAUUUUUGAAUUUGUAAAUAAUUAAGAGGGCCAAUUUCAAAGAGCUGUUAAGCACAAAAUUUGCUUAAGCACAAA